AUGAACCUGGUGUUUGCUGAAAGAAGCUUGCCAACUUUGAGACAGUCAUGCAAGAGACCGAUAUUCCGUGCAGGGUCUCGUACAACAGAAGUCUGUGUCGUAAAUGAACUCACACUCCUGCCCCCUCACAACCAUCGGGAUCUCAGAGGCAUCAAGAGUUCUUCCUCAAAUCAUACUGGAGCCAUGAGAUUUGUGGCAGCCGUGUGUGUGCUCGUCCUGAGCGUGGGUGCUCGGGCCAUACCUUCGCGGAUCUUGGAUCCUGACAAAAAUGUUCAGUUCAGUCCAGAGACGACCGACAACACUGCGGCGGGGAUCUGCUCCAGGAUCGUGUCUGAAGAAAGCAGCCACAUGCCAACUAGCCAGGGACAGCACGGCACGAGGCACGGCAGUGCAGGUUUCUCUAUCCCCAGAGGCAACAUGGGCCAUCUUAGCACGUUUAGGGAAGGCGGCACCAGUGAGCAGCUCAGCAACGACCUCGGCCUCUCCACCGGUGUCCUGCCUGGGGAAGCUUCUUUCCCAGCUUACAGCGGCGACUCUCUGCGGCGGAGACGCGUAAAGCGUCACCGCCCCAGAAAAAGAAAAGGUAUCAUGAAACGACCAAGAAUGAUAUAAUCUCUGACAACCAUGAUACUGCAUCCAGUUAGGGGACCCGCCAAUGUACACAACACUUUUUACUUUUCUAAGUCUAGAGAACUAAGAAUACACAAUAUGCAACGAAAGAAGAGACGUGUGUUGUAGACAAAUAUUAGAAAAAUGAAAUACCAUCUGGUCUUUCUAAAGCCUUCCAUGAAUGUCCAUCUGUUUAUCUACUCACCACUGGA